AUGAUCGGCUACUCUAUGGGUGGACUCAUUAUUCGUUACGUUGCGGGAAAGCUUUACGCUGAGGGAGUGUUUUCCCGUAUCAGAGCGGUAAACUUCAUUACCGUUGCCACGCCACAUCUGGGAGCCUGGAGGAUGCCUAGCAGCUGGUACAACAGAGCAUUCAAUUACAUGGUGCCUGUGGUGACAAGCCGAUCCGGCUAUCAGCUAGUGCUCCAGGAUAAGCACCUGUGGGGCAAGCCGCUGCUGUGCCUUAUGAGCCACCCCGACCUUCUCUUCAUGCAAGCGCUGCGGCAGUUCAAGAAAUUAAUGCUCUUGGCCAACGUGUUCCACGACCGGCCCGUGCCGUACUGUACGGCGGCAAUACGACUGGAAAAUCCGUAUGAGAGGAAUCUGCCAGUGGCCAUUGACCCUAAGUACCCGAGUAUUGUCACUACAACAGCGGCGGCGGCGGCGGCAGCGCGCGCCGCCGCAUCUGUCGGCGUGAAGCCGGCCGAUAAUGUUGAGAAUGUUACUUUGGUGACGGCAGUAGCGGCAGGAUCGGCGGAGCCGCCGCUUCCCAGCGACCCGGGCGGCACCAUUGUGGAGGUGGCCACAGCGGAACCGGCGGCGACGGCGCCACAACUGCCUCGUCGGCCUCUCCGCAGCACCUACCUGCCCUUUUUAAUGGUCGUAUUCCUGCCGCUGGCGCUUCCAGCACUGCUUCUCAUGGUCAUCGCGGGCCGUACACAUCACAGCAAGAUCAUGCGUACGGCACUGGACUUCUCCUGGAUCCAACGAUACUACAACCCAAACCCGGACACAGCUGCUGUGGCGUCCCUGUCGGCGCCGUCGACGGAAACACCAGGGGGACUUACUGUCGCCGCCGCUGGCGAAGUUGAAAGGCCUGUCGCCUCAGCUGCCGCCGGUGGUGAAGGCGGCAAACAGGGCGGCUUGCCGUCUGGUAUAGCGUGUCCAUCUGCGCCGGACAUGCCGGAGCGACGGUCCUUCAAUAAGACUCGAAUAACGAUGCUGCCAUUAGCAGCGGCAUCAGCAGAAGUGUCCGGCGGUGAUCGUGAAGGACCCGGGACGGGCGGCGUCAUGACGGCGGCGCCAGCAUCCUCCACGGCCUUGGGUGCACUGGACGACGGGGCGGACGGAGUGGUGGUUUCGGAGCAAAGCGUGCUGCUCCACGACGGCAUCGUGGAACUUCCAGCGGAGAUGCAUCGCGUGCAAGAGUGGCUCGCGGAUCAGAGGCUCUACCUUCCCUCGCAGUUGAACAAGUUGCCCUGGCAUAAAGUGGAUGUGGACUGCCGGGACCUGCACGCCCACGCAGCCAUCAUCAUGCGCAACCCGGCGCGGUUCACCCACAACAAGGACGUUCUAGACUACCUCAUAGACAAUUUCCUGAGGACUUAA